AUUAACUGGACCUUGUUGAGGUCAUAUGGAGAACUUGAGUCGUUGCUAAAAAAUCUAAAUAUUGAUUACUUUUUAUCUCUUUAUCUUGACUGAAUAAUGCAGCCUAUCAGAGACCUCAAGCAUAAUUUCAGCCUUCCACCUCCACCAUCCAUGGCUGGAUCUGGUGAUUCCUAUCACCAAGGCAACAUCCGAAUGACUUUGGAGGAUCCAGAGCUGUGGAGGUCAUUCCAUGAGAUCGGCACGGAGAUGAUCAUCACCAAACCGGGAAGGAGAAUGUUCCCACACUGUAAGAUCAGCUUGUCUGGAUUGGUGCCGUAUGCAAAGUACAUCUUGUUGGUGGAUAUGGUCCCAGAAGACAGUCUCAGAUAUAAGUGGAACAAAGAUAAGUGGGAGAUCGCUGGGAAAGCAGAGCCCCAGCCGCCCUACAGGACGUACCUGCACCCUGACUCUCCAGCUCCUGGCAGCCACUGGAUGAAACAGACUGUGUCUUUCCUCAAGCUCAAACUGACCAACAAUGCUCUUGACCAGCACGGACAUAUUAUCCUGCACUCCAUGCACCGCUACCACCCGCGUUUCCACAUCGUCCAGGCCGAUGAUUUGUACAGCGUACGCUGGAGCGUCUUCCAAACUUUCACUUUCCCUGAGACUUCUUUCACAGCAGUCACUGCCUACCAGAACACAAAGAUUACAAAGUUGAAAAUUGACCACAACCCCUUUGCCAAAGGUUUCAGAGAUGAGGGUACAAACUCCAAAAGACGAGCGAAUAGAAGUCUGGCUGAUCCCGAGAGAGCUGCAAAGAAGAUGAACAUCUCAAAAGACUCCGAGCAUGGAAGUCCAAGAGAUCUGGACGAUGAUGCGGGUCGUAAGGAACUGGAGGUAAAGUGUGAGCCUUACUCCCCGUGGGGCACUGCGUCUGACAAUCACGCUCUCCGUGCAGAUUCUCCUCUGGGCUCGGACCCCCGAGACAUGUACAGUUCAGAACAGCUUGUACCUGGACACAACACAUACCACCCCAGCAGAUAUCACGAAUAUGGCAAAUCCCCCUCUCCUUCAUCCAGCGUGGGCAGCGGUAGCGGCUGUGUUAGCCGUUCCAGCUUUGAGUCUCGCGUGCCUGAUGUCGCCACCGUCCCCGAUCAUGACGCCUCCAGUAAGCCAUCCGUCCCUGAGUUCGGCCCCACCCCUUGUCCUCCUCAUCCCUCGACGGGGCACCAAGACUACACGGGAGUACUGAACAUGGCCAUCGCUCAGGCCAAGCCAGGUAUGCUGGGCCACCCUCCUCUCUACACCCCCUACAGUACCGAACAGUCUCUGGGGCAAUGGAGCGGAGCGCCGUCCACCCAGUACCCCCCGCCGCCACCACCACACCAUCACCUACCCACGGAAUACAGCAGCCAGGCUGUCCAUCACAGCUAUCACCAUGGGAACGUGGGGGACUGGAGCCAAUACCCACUGUUCUCUUACUCCUGCUGGUGAGUGGAUGAGGAACUGAAGUGCAGAGUGAAAACUGAAUGAGGAACUUCCGUCUGGUUCUUCGCGCCUCCAUCUGGACGAUGGCGCACGGUACCCCGUGAGUACCAGAUGAACAGUAGAACGCUGAGUGAAUGUUAUCAGAAGUGGCACCAACCAGAAUGUUGUUUCUAAAUAUAUUCUUAAUGCAAACCGAGGACAACUGAGUUUGGUUUAGAAAAAGCUGACUGCUUUUGAGAGCUUUAAUUCUUUCCACUUUCUGAAAAGACAAUGUGCUUGUCAGUUGUGUCGUGCAAUGUACUUUUCAAUGCAUUUGUUCUUUUGAUACAUUUUGACUUAUCAAACGGCUGCUUAUCGAGGAUGCAGAAGGACUGUUUCCCUUGCUUUGUUGUUAAAAUGUCUAUUUAUUUUGUCUUUGGCUUUGCUGCUACUUAAUUUUAUUUUUGUUAAAAAGAGAAAUGUGUAGUGCAGAAUGCUGUUCGGAAAUUGUU